UCAAACUUUCGAUGAAUUUUCUUGCUUUGAAUUUGCUGUAAGUCGUCAAUGGUUUUAACUUGUCAAAUUUUUAGCGUUUGCGACUGCUACUGAAACACCACUGCUGGUUGAUGAUGAUAACAGCACAGCAGGCAACAGCGUCCAAACAGAAGUCGUUUCACCGCAACUCGAGAUGCCUGCAACAACACGCCUUCACAACGCUCCAUGCACAGUGUCGGGCAAAGUGGCAGGUGAGGCAGUUUCGACAUGGUGCACCAUCAACGACUCGGUUUACUCCGCUUAUGAAGCACCAGACCUCAUGGAGUACCCGGGACUACAGGAAGAAUUACUAGUGGACCACCUCUAUAUCGUGCGAGAACGUGCAUGCGUAGGAUGCAAUCUUGCACACUGCCAAUAUUACGAAGCGAGUCGUUCACAUCCCUGGUUGGAGGCAUGGAAAAUUCACGUGGUGCAUACAGUGCCUUACGUUCUCGAUGUUAUGUUUCAAAGACUCUUAGCAAUCAGUCUGUUGAAUGCUUUUGUUUUUUCAAAAGGCAAAAUCCUUUAUAUAGAAUUAGAUUUACUUGAUUUUGUUGCUUUCUAG